AUGGCCGCCCUCCUUGAAACUAGCUCCCAUACCACUCCUACUGGUUCUACAAGAUGGAGACUCUUCUCAGAGUCUGAAAGUGAAGAUUUUGACAACGAUUCAAACGCCCUCUACAGAUUUAGUGCUUACGGUGGAGACUCUGAUGCUUCCACGGACAGGCAUGGUUUCCUUGAUGAGAGAGGCUUUGAAGAACUGCUUGAGCAACUUGCUGAGUCUGACAAUUCAAGAAGAGGUGCACCACCUGCAUCUGUGUCAUGCGUUAGGAAUCUUCCAUGGGGUAUUAUUGGAGAGGAGCAUGUAAAGAAGGGCCUGCUCUGUUGUGCGGUCUGCAAGGAUCUUUUCACCCUCGGUAAUGAAACCACGCAGCUUCCGUGUCUACAUCUAUACCAUGCUCAUUGUAUUGUACCUUGGCUGAGUGCCCGUAACUCCUGCCCACUCUGCCGUUUUGAGCUCCCAACAGAUGAUAAAGAUUACGAGGAGGGAAAGCAGAAUGUGCUGGAUGUGAGCGAGGAUAGCUCCUCCUCUGAUGAUGACACAGACGCGGGAGAAGAGGAGUAUGUAGAGAGAGGUGAGAGCGAGUCUGGUGUGAGCAGGGUUGGCAGAGGAAGAUGGCUGUUUCUGGCAGCUGCACCAGUUGUGAGUCUGGUGGGCGUGGUGUUGGCAAUGUGGCUAAGCAACCCACAGAGGAGAGAUAUAGUAAUCUCUCAUAGCCAAAGAGGGAACAGAACCAGAAGAUGCUCCAUAAUCUGUACUUUAAUAAUAGAUCCCAAAAGAUGCUUGAGUCUUAUAUCAUUUCGUCUCUCUUUCAUCACAUGUUAG